AUGGGGGAUGAGCUAGAAAGCAUGAAUUUUCGGAAACAUAUGACAGUGUCAGAUGUUUUUAUGGAGCAUGGCAAGAUGGGAGACUUUCUUGAUCGGCUAAGAAGUUUGGCAAAAGAUGAAUUCAAGAAGCUGAAGAAGAGUAUUGAUGAGUUUAGAGGAUCCAAGUCUAUGAGGAACAUGAGCUCUCGCUCUGAGAUGGUGGGACUAGAAGGUAUUCUACAGGAGAAAGAAUCUGGAAUUUGGGUUCAGUUGGACAAAACAGUAAAUAACUUGAAAAUGAUGUUGGAUACCGUCUUUAAACGAAUGGAUGAUAUGCUACAGUUGUCCAAGACAUCACUUGGUCAGUGGCAGCAGGAGCAUCUUACCCAAGUGGAGAUUGAGGCCAUGGUAAUGCGUAGUGUAAUUCGGACUGUGCAAGAAGACUUUGAGUACAAAUUGUGGGACCAGUAUGCUAAAUUGUGUGGUGAACGAAAUGAGAAGUUGAAUGACAUCUCUAAUUUACGGACGGAGUUGGAUGCUGUUUUGAAGUCAUUGUCAAGUUCAGAAACAGGGUAUAUGACCUCCCAUGGAUCGCAUGAUGCAGAUGUCUUUACACGGAAGACAUCAAGUGAGCAUGUGACUUCUUCAACUUGGGAUGGAAAUGAAAAGAUGGAGGAUUCUAAGACUGAUAUAACUGAGAACUUUGAUGAUGCCACGUUGAAGCACAUGUCAAAAGAGGAAAUGGUGACCUAUUUUAAUAAUAUAAUGACAAUGAUGAAGAGACACCAUGAGUCCAUUUUGCAAAAGAGAACCAAUGAAUAUUUUCAUCUAAGAGCAGAUUAUCUAAAGCUUAGAGGAGGCUCUGCUGUGCCACAUAAGAAGGAUAAGGGUGAUGAAUCUGACAUUCUAAGGAAGAAGAUCCCAGAAAUUAUAUUCAAAUUGGAUGAUAUCCUUGUAGAGAAUGAAAAACAUCCUGCAUUUACCCAGGAGACUCUAAGUUUCGGUAACUUGAAGGAUAGACUUGAUAGCCUUCUUUCUGAAAAUCACCAGCUUAGAAACUUGCUUAAACAUAAGCAAGUUGAAGAUAAGUCCCUUUUGUCCCAAGUUUCGGACGCCAAUGAGAAGAGGCUUGAUAGCCUUCUUUCUGAAAAUCACCAGCUUAGAAACCUGCUUAAAGAUGCACAAGUUGAAGUUAAGUCCCCUUUGUCCCAAGUUUCGGACACCAAUGAGAAGAGGCUUGAUAGCCUUCUUUCUGAAAAUCACCAACUUAUAGACCUGCUUGAAGAUACACAAGUUGAAGUUAAGUCCCUUUUGUCCCAAGUUUCGGACGCCGAUGAGAAGAGGCUUGAUAGCUUUCUUUCUGAAAAUCACCAGCUUAGAGACCUGCUUAAAGAUACGCAAGUUGAAGUUAAGUCCCUUUUGUCCCAAGUUUCGGACGCCGAUGAGAAGAGGCUUGAUAGCCUUAUUUCUGAAAAUCGCCAGCUUAGAGACCUGCUUAAAGAUACGCAAGUUGAAGUUAAGUCCCUUUUGUUCCAAGUUGAUAGCCUUAUUUCUGAAAAUCGCCAGCUUAGAGACCUGCUUAAAGAUACGCAAGUUGAAGUUAAGUCCCUUUUGUCCCAAGUUUCUUACGCCGAUGAGAAGAGGCUUGAUUGCCUUAUUUCUGAAAAUCGCCAGCUUAGAGACCUGCUUAAAGAUACGCAAGUUGAAGUUAAGUCCCUUUUGUCCCAAGUUUCGGACGCCGAUGAGAAGAGGCUUGAUAGCCUUAUUUCUGAAAAUCACCAGCUUAGAGACCUGCUUAAAGAUACGCAAGUUGAAGUUAAGUCCCUUUUGUCCCAAGUUUCGGACGCCGAUGAGAAGAGGCUUGAUAGCCUUCUUUCUGAAAAUCACCAGCUUAGAGACUCGCUUAAAGAUACGCAAGUUGAAGUUAAGUCCCUUUUGUCUCAAGUUUUGGACGCCGAUGAGAAGAGGCUUGAUAGCCUUAUUUCUGAAAAUCGCCAGCUUAGAGACUUGCUUAAAGAUACGCAAGUUGAAGUUAAGUCCCUUUUGUCCCAAGUUUCGGACGCCGAUGAGAAGAGGCUUGAUAGCCUUAUUUCUGAAAAUCGCCAGCUUAGAGACCUGCUUAAAGAUACGCAAGUUGAAGUUAAGUCCCUUUUGUCCCAAGUUUCGGACGCCGAUGAGAAGAGGCUUGAUAGCCUUCUUUCUGAAAAUCACCAGCUUAGAGACUCGCUUAAAGAUACGCAAGUUGAAGUUAAGUCCCUUUUGUUCCAAGUUUCGGACGCCAAUGAGAAGAGGCUGCAAUAUUCUUUGGUGGAAGCAGACAUGCUAAAACAGAUAGGAGAUCUCAAUUUAGCCAUGGAAGACUCACUGAUAGAAGCUUCUGUAAGGGAAGAAGUGUAUACCUGUUUUCUAAGGGAUCUCAGUGGGGGGACAAGGAAUGAAGCUGAGGAAUUAAACUUGGGAUUCGAGUUGCUUAAUGAUAGUAAUGAUACAGAUGCUGAAAGUACAAAAUUUGAAAUUGAAGAUUUAGAGAUAGAGUGCCUCAUUUUACAAGAAAUUUGUGGAGUGAUUUCCGGUGAAGGUAUCAAGGAGGCUAAAGACAUGCUUAAAGAACUGUAUUCGGAAUAUUUGAAUGAAAAAGACAUUCGUAUUUCUCUCGACACAAAAGUUAUUGAGAUGGAAAACAAAUUAAAAUUCGAGGUUGAAGAGAAGGACAGACUGAAGCAACUGGUUUCUGAGCUGGAAAUAUGUGUGACUGAAAAGGAGAAUUUAGCAACAGAGGGAUCAGCUGCUCUAGCAAAAAAGAUGGGUCAAUUUGAGCAGGUGCUUCAAGAGUUAAAUGCUGUGAAAGAAUUUGCAAGUCAACAACAAACAUUAGCUUCUGGGUGCAACAAAGAAGUAAAUGUAGUAAAGGGCCAGUUGGCAGAAGCAUUGGCGCAAAUUGAAGUAUUGAAAGAGGAGGCAGCCCAACUAAAUAAAAGUCUUGAGGAGAAGGAGGAGGAGUUAAAAGAAGCUAAUGAUUCUGAGGAGAAAAAGGGUUUCAGCCCAAAAAAGAAAAAAAAGCAAAUUUGUAACUUGGGCAGCUGCAACAAACUAUUUAAGAAAAAUGCUGAGGGGAAAUGAG